GACUGUCCCCACGUGCUGAGGACGCCGCAUGGAGAGACACACGCGUGUGCACACAUGUUCCCAUGCACACCCGUGUGCGAUCUAAGGGGGGACCAGAGGCCCCUCCGCCAGCAUCCCCGGAGCCCGCACCCUCGGGCCUCCCCAGCUCGUGCCCCCUGGAGCCACCGCCAGGCCCUCCGCUCCCAGGGCCCCUUUGCCUUCAGAAGACCCUCCUAUCCGGCCCCACUCUGCCUGGCACACGGCUGUCUCCAGGCGGAUUUCAGCAAGGAGACCAUCUCUGCCUCUCGCCUGCACCUUCUGUGGCUCCCCAUGCCCCCAACCCAGGGAGAGCUGCCCCUCAUCGCACAGUCCCCGCCCCCUCAUCGCACACAGUCCCCGCCCCCUCAGCGCACACAGUCCCCGCCCCCUCAGCGCACAGUCCCCGCCCCCUCGUCGCAGUCCCCGCCCCCUCGUCGCGCAGUCCCCGCCCCCUCAUCGCGCACAGUCCCCGCCCCCUCAUCACGCACAGUCCCCGCCCCCUCAUCGCACACAGUCCCCGCCCCCUCAUUGCACACAGACCCCGCCCCCUCAUCGCACACAGUCCCCGCCCCCUCAGCGCACAGUCCCCGCCCCCUCAUUGAACAGUCCCCGCCCUCCCCGCACGCCUCUUGCAGGACGGUCCUCCCCUUUCUUCACGCCUCCACCUGGAGUGGGGGGGGGCGCCCGUUCGGUGGCCUCGGCCCCGUGGCCCCUGCCAGCCUUCCAGAACCACCUCAGUGCGUCCUCCCGAAAACCCCAUUCACUGCACCUUCUCUGGGGACCUGCCUCCCCAUACGUUCCUUCCUGGACUUCGGGCCUUUAUCCCAGCCAGCGGGUGCAGGGGCGCGGGACUGCCACACGGGCACUGCCCUCCCCCCGCAGCAGGACCGGGAUGUGACCAGGGACGCACGGAAGCCAUUCCAGGGCUGAGAGCUGCGUGCGCGGGGUUCCACGGGGCAGGGAUGGCAGGGCGGUCGAGGCCACGCCGCGGGAAGGGCCUGGCUCCUCCAGCCACGGGCUGUCGGGAGACUCACGGCAAGGCUGGCAUCUGGACAAUGGACGUUCGGGGCCAGGCGGGCCGUGGGCAGGUCCGUGGAAGUGAGAGGACAGAAGCAGAGCGGGACCUGGAGGUGGGUGCGCGAGGGGGAGGCCUGCGGGUCUCCAGGAGCCACGGACCAGCCAGACUCAGAACCACGGUCACCGGAGACCCCGCGGCAGGUGGCAGCUGCUGUGUGGUCCCGACCCCCAGUGUCCCAGACGCUUUCUGCUGCCCUAAGAGCGACGGACUGUGACCCCGUGUCUCUC